AUGAAUACUACAGAUUUGCUUGCAAUUGGCGCGGUCUUCCUCGCCGUUGCUUUUUACUACAAUUUUGAGUUCCUGAAGGAGCUGUUGGUAUCCGAUGACGGGGCUAUCAGCGCCGGUGCUGGUGGGUCGCGUGAUAUCGCAGAAGUUGUGAUGCAGAAUGAUAAGAACUAUUUGGUGUUGUUUGGGUCCCAGACUGGUACUGCCGAGGACUACGCCAAGAAGUUUUCCAAAGAAUUGAUCAAUAAGUUCGGGCUUAAAGUUAUAUGUGUUGACGUUGAAAACUAUGACUUCGACAACUUGAAUCAGCUGCCCGAAAACGUUAUGGUUUCCGUGUUUCUGUCCACUUACGGGGAGGGGGAUUUCCCAGAUGGUGCUCUGAAUUUCGAGGAAUACUUGAACGAGCAGGACGCAGGAUCCCUUGAGAACAUCAAAUACACUAUAUUUGGGCUUGGGAACACAACGUACGAGUUUUUCAACAGUGCAGCAAAGAAGGCCAUGAAGGCUCUGGACAACGCCGGUGCUCGUCUUGUGGGACCCCUCGGUGAAGGUGACGAUGGGAAGGGUACCACUGACGAGGAUUUCUUAUCCUGGAAGGAAACUGUUCUCAACGAAUUGAAGUCCGUGUUGCAACUAUCCGAAUCCGAAAACAAGUUCAAACCUUCGUUUAAGUACGUGGAACUGGAAGAGGUCACAGAAGAGGUCUCAUUGGGUGAACCAACACGCGAUUACAUGCCUGCGUCUCGCAACUCUGCGAAGAACGUCAACGGUCCCUUCACCGUGUCGCACCCUUACAUUGCUCCUAUUACAGAAUCCCACGAAUUGUUCAGAUCAAAUGACCGUAACUGUAUUCACUCUGAGUUCGACAUUUCAAACUGCAAAGUUACCUACAAGACUGGUGACCAUCUCGCUAUCUGGCCAUCAAAUGCAAAUGAGAAAGUGGAACAAUUUUUGUCCACUUUCAAGCUAAACGGUAGCGAGACUUUCGACCUACAACCAUUGGACUCCACCACGAAACAACCAUUCCCUUGCCCAACGACCAUUGAAUCAGUGGUUAGACACUACUUGGAGAUCACAGGCCCCUUGUCGAGACAAAGUUUCGGUCUGCUCACUGAAUUCGCCCCAAUGGAGAUUAAAGAAUACGUCAAGAAACUGUCCGAGGACAAGGACGCCUUCGCGGAAGAAAUUACCUCCAAAAACUACAACUUGGCCGAUGCCCUGUUGCACCUAUCGGAUAACAAACCUUGGGCAAAUGUCCCAUGGGGGUUCCUAUUGGAGACGAUUCCUCACCUGCAACCACGUUACUACUCCAUUUCAUCCUCCUCAAACAUGGACCCUACUUCCAUCCACGUGACGUCGAUUGUCGAGAACACGCCGAACAGCAUCACUGGGUCGCCAACGCUUGGUGUCACCACCAAUCUGAUUAGAAACAUUUCCGUGGCAAUGAACAAUGGGAACGACAAAGUGUUGCCCGUCCAGUACGACUUGAACGGCCCACGUAACCUAUUCCAAAACUUCAAACUCCCCGUCUACGUCAGAUCUUCGAACUUCAAGCUGCCAAGUGACCCAUCUGUGCCCAUCAUCAUGAUUGGUCCAGGGACCGGUGUGGCCCCAUUCCGUGGGUUUGUCAGAGACCGUGUCCAUAUGGUUCAACAGCAGGGGAAGCCAGAGAACCUGGGGAAGAUGAUGCUCUUCUACGGUUGCAGAGACCACAACGAUCACUUGUAUGCGAACGAAUGGCCCGAAUACUGUUCCACUCUAGAGGACAAGUUGGAGGUCCACGUUGCGUACUCUAGAGUUGAUGCACAAAAAGUGUACGUUCAAGACAAGAUCAGAGAAUGCGAGAGUGAGUUGGUCAGCAUGUUGAACGCUGGCGCCAACAUCUACGUCUGCGGUGACGCCUCGAGAAUGGCCAAGGACGUCCAGAAGGCGAUCGCAACCAUGAUUGCAAAGGACAAAAACAUCAGUGAAAGCGAGGCGGGUGCUGUGGUGAAGGCCAUGAAGGUCUCUGCGAAGUACCAAGAAGAUGUCUGGUAA